GGACACAUAUUUUACGGCAAUCGCAUGCCCUCCUGAAUACAGCAGCUGUGUGGUCAAACAGACCAUUUCAAGUGCUUUCUGCCAGCAGUGUAGCUCUUUCUGCACCACCUGUGACAAGCCACAACCAGACUUGGAACCUGAUCAUUCCAACGCAGCAUCCAAGGCAGAGAAUAGGGACCCAGAAGGAGAAGCUGCUGCUGCAGCAGCUGCGGCUGUGGCUGCAGGAGCAGCGGAAUGGGUGAUGGAGAGAGACGUGGUGGUGGAGAUGGAGGCAGUGCAGCCACAUGUGAAGGAGAUGGCCAGUAAGCACCACCCCAACCUGGUGCGGCUGUUGGGCUUCUGUGUGCACUAUGAUUCCAGCACGGGCCAGAUUGAGCAAGUGCUCGUGUAUGAGUUCAUGGCCAACCGGGACUUGGAGAGCUGGAUUGGACCAGUGGCCAAGGGGUUGCAAUAUCUUCAUGACUUCGGCAUUGUGCAUCGCGACAUCAAGCCAGCCAACAUUCUGCUUGAUGCAAAAAUGCAUCUUUGGUGUGGUGAUGCUGGUGGUCAUCUCGGCACGCAAGGCCGUGCAUAUGAGCGAGACCAGCCAGAUCAGUCUGAAGCAAUGGAUACUGUUACAGUCUUCAAUGACCCCUACUUGGACGCACCAGAUGACUUGGUGCUGCGCUGGGCUCGCCUUGCCCUCUCCUGCACCACCAUGCCUGCGGCCUCCCGCCCCUCCAUGAAUCAAGUGCUGGGGGAGCUGGUGAAGUUGAAGCAGGAAGCUUCUGGAGCACAUGAGAGCCAUGUGGGCGAGGCCAAAUCUCGCUUGGACACGGAGCUUGGGAGUUCCAUUGGCUCCUCCAGCUUCACUGCUGAAAUGGCCCGUGCGGAGCGAGGGGACAUGCCAAGUGGCUUUUCCACAUAA